UUAUUACACUUAACAGCCUCAGGCAUAAGUUUUUGUCUUAAUUUCUGACUUUUUUUUUUCCUUCAACAAUAAUUCCUGUAAGUGGAACUUUUGGGUAAAGCAUACAACUUCUUUUUUUUUAAUAGCGUUUCCUUGGUAGAGCAUGUAACUUUUUAAAGAUGCUUGCUGUAUAUAUGACCAAAAUGCUUCAAGAAAUAUUCAUAUUUCUACUACCAAAGUAUAUGAUUACUACUACAGAGUUUUAAUUUUAUUGAUUUAUAGAAAUGGGGGUCUCAUUAUGUUGCCCAGGCUGGUCUUAAACUCCGGGGCUCAAGGGAUGCUACCACCUCAACCUCCCAAAUUGCUAUGAUUACAGGCAUUAGCCACUAAAACUUUUAUUCCUUUAUGCUUUCCUUCAUUUGCAAUAUUGACUGUAAUCAGGAGGGAAAAAAUAUCCUUUUAAAAAAUGAAAAUAUAUGUCUCACUUUAAGCAGAGCAGAGAAAUUGUUAACUCAGAAACCAAUGAUAAUAAAAAUGAUACUCCUUCUGUAGCAACAUAAAGAGCAGUUUUGGGGGGCAGAAGAUGUGGUGAAAUGCAAAGUUUAGUGUGGGUGGGUGCAAGAUCCAGGCAGGGGUGGAGGAUGGCCAGCUGCAUAGACCUCUGUUCCAGUGCUUCCUCUUCAUCCCUCUCCACCUCCCUCUGCAGACCUUGUUCUCAGAGGCUAUUCCCAGACCCAGGUAGCCACAGCAGCAGGUGUUAUGGCUGCAGUCCUCAUGCUCCUUUGAUUUAGAAGAAACUGUUGAGGAUUAGUUUUUACUGAGUAGCUAAUAUGUUCCAAGCAGUAUUCUCACUCAUAAUAAUUACUGUUGAGUAAUGCAUGAAAAAUUUUAAAUUUAAAGCAUUUCAAUAUUUUAAUAGUAAAGGGAGCAAAAGGCCAAAAUGUCCUUUCACUCACUUAACCUCCGAUCUUCAGUUUAGCAUGCACUUUUUUACACACUUUUUCAGGUGUUUACAUCUAUAUGUGGAAAUGUAUAGUUUUGCUUUUGUUUUUCAAUUGAAUUAUUAGUAUAGUUCUGCAACAUGCUUUUUGAUCACUUAGUGUGUCUCCAUUAUCUAGGUUAUGACAAUAAAUCAACUCUUUUUACCUGCUGCAUUGAAUUCCCUCUGAGGGAUGAGCCAUCAUUCCUCUAAGCAGUCUCCUGUUGGGUGGCUGGUUCAGUUGGUUAUCACUUUUAUACUUUAAAAAUAGUGCUGCAGUGUCAUUCUUACAGAGGCUUCUCUCUGUACCCAAGCAAGUACUUUGCUGGACUAGACAUCAGGAAGUGGAAUUACUGGGCCAAUUGUGCACAUUCUAAUUUCACACUUAAUGAUAUUGAAUGAGUAAAUAAAGUUCCAAUGGUUUUGUCCCAUGCCUGAGAUCACACAGCUUGUGAAUCUUAGAGCCUUUACCUAUUGCUUACCUUUUUUGUGUCCCUAACACUAACAUAGUAGGCCUGGCCCAUUGUGGGUGCUCAGUAAAUAUUUGUUGAAUGACUUUAUGAAGGAAGAAAGAAAAGAUGAGUAAAGCCUGGUCUUAUUUGCAGCUCUCUGAUCUCUAGCCUUGAAUUAAAUGUGGUGGGUUCAGCCCCUGACUGACUCCAGAGCCCCCACCAGGCAGUCUGCCUGAAUCCCACCACUGGGCCAUGACUUGACCAUGAUGAUGGCCAAGAGUUGAGGCUUUGAGGAGUCCAUGGUGUUGGACACCCUCUGUGGUGGACCCCAGUGGAUCCAAGGAGCCCAGUGAAGAGGGUCCUGCAAGAAUCAGAGGGGGAUAGUGGAGGGUUGGACAUGGCAGGGGAAGUUUGGGUAAAUGAUAGGAUUCUGAAUAUUUUCAAGCAGUAGAGUCAAGGAUUUCUUGAUUGGAUAACAUGUGCAUUAUACAUAGACAUGUUUACAGGUAAUUUUCCAUGUUGGAACUCAAAAGUAAAGACCCUGAAGGACGGACAUUUUUGGCCCAGGUAAGAUCUUCUGUCACCGUAAUUGAGUUAGCCCUGGGGAAGUGGACCUUUCCCUGUGGAAUCCUAUAGCUUCCUCUGGGCCAAAGUGUCUGCUCCACACCUUCUGGUGUCUCCUGAUAUGCAGCACGGAUGAAAAUGGCAAGUUCCCUGGCCUUUCUUCUGCUCAACUUUCAUGUCUACCUCCUCUUGGUCCAGCUGCUCACUCCUUGCUCAGGUAGGGAAUGAUUCCAUGAUUGUUUCUGAAGCAGCCAAGUAUAUAUUAAUGUCCUCACAGAACUUUUGACUCCUUCCCAAACCUGAAAGUCCAUCCCAACUGGAAGGAUCACAUGUCACUAAGAGACAAAGAGUGUUUCUGUUAGCAUUGGGUUCCCCUCUAGGUUCUCUGUAUCUCUUCUUCCCUGUCUGAGAAGCAUACUUCCUCUCAUGAUCCCAACUCCAACACCCUCUGAUGGAGCCUACUCCUUGUGACGACAGCUCAGUUUGCUGUGCUUGGACCCCAUGGGCCCAUCCUGGUGAAGACUCUGAUCUGCACUGUCACCUGUUCCUGACAGUGAGUGCAGAGACCAUGGAGCUGAGGUGGAUAAGUUCCAGCCUAAGGAGGGUGAUGAACAUGUAUGUAGAUUGCAAGGAAGUGGAAGACAGGCAGAGUGCAGAGUAUCGAGGUAGAACUUCGAUUCUUCAGGAUGGCAUCACUGCAGGGAAUGCUGCUCUCCGAAUAUACAAUGUUACAGCCUCUGAUAAUGGAAAGUACUUGUGUUAUUUCCAAGAUGGUGACUUCUAUGAAAAAGCCCUGGUGGAGCUGAAGGUUGCAGCAUUGGGUUCUGAUAUUCACAUUGAAGUGAAGGGUUAUGAGGAUGGAGGAAUCCAUCUGGGGUGCAGGUCCACUGGCCGGUACCCACAACCCCCAAUACAGUGGAGCAACACCAAGGGAGAGAACAUCCCGGCUGUGGAAGCACCUAUGGUUGCAGAUGGAGUGGGUCUAGCAAUAGCAGCAUCCGUGAUCAUGAGAGGCAGCUCUGGGGAGGGUGUGUCCUGCAUCAUCAGAAAUUUCCUCCUGGGCCUGGAAAAGACAGCCAGCAUUUCCAUCGAAGACCCCUUCUUCAGGAUCGCCAAGCCCUGGAUCACAGCCCUGGCAGGGACCCUGCCUAUCUCGCUGCUGCUUCUCACAGGAGCCAGUUACUUCUUGCAGCAAGAGCGGAAGGAAAAAACUGCUCUGUCCAGGGAGACAGAAAGAGAGCGAGAGAUGAAAGAAAUGGGAUAUGCCAAAAAGCAGGAAAUAAGCCUAAGAGAGAGGAGUAAAAUCCAGCACAUGGCUCGAGGAGAGAUGUCUUCAGCCUAUCAUGAAUGGAAAAUGGCCCUUUUCAAGCCUGUGUAUGUGAUUCUGUAUCCAGACAUGGCAAACGCCAUCGUUCUUGUUUCUGAGGACCAGAGGAGUGUGCAGCCUGCUGAGGAGCCCCAUGACCUACCAGACGACCCUGAGAGAUUUGAAUGGCGUUACUGUGUGCGGUGUGAAAACUUCACAUCAGGGAGUCAUUACUGGGAGGUGGAAGUGGGGGACAGAAAAGAGUGGCAUAUUGGGGUGUGUAGUAAGAACAUGGAGAGGAAAAUUUGGGUCAAAAUGACACCAGAGAAUGGAUACUGGACCAUGGGGCUGACUGACGAGAAUAAAUAUCAGGCUCUCACUGAGCCCAGAACCAACCUGAAACUUCCUGCCCCUAGGAAAGUGGGGAUCUUCCUGGAUUAUGAGACUGGAGAGAUCUCAUUCUACAAUGCCACGGAUGGAUCUCAUAUCUACACCUUUCCGCACACCUCUUUCUCUGAGCCUCUGUAUCCUGUAUUCAGAAUUUUGACCUUGGAGCCCACUGCCCUGACCAUUUGCCCAACAUCAAAAGAAGCAGAGAGUUCCCCCGAUCCUGACCUAGUGCCUGAUCAUUCCCUAGAAACAUCAGUGACUCCGGGCUUAGCUAAUGAAAGUGGGGAGCGUCAGGCUGAUGUAACAUCUCUGCUUCUCCCUGCCCAGCCUGGAGCUGAGGUCUCCCCCUCCACAACAACCAAUCAGAACCAUAAGCUACAGGCACACCCUCAAGCACUUUACUGAUAUUCAUUCGAUUAUUCCAUAGGACCGUUGUUUGAGUUUGGUGCCACCUUAUUGUCCCCUUUAUACAAAUAAGGAGACUGGGGUGUAGAAAAGUGUAUUGACUUUACAAAGUAGACAUGACUAGUGAACGACAGAGCUGGGAUCUGAACAACAAUAGCUAACAUUAAUGGAGAACUUAAAAUGUUCUGAAUGCUGUGUUAUGGGCUUUGGUGAGUGUCAGUCCUUUAAUCCUCACAACACCCCGUUGGGUAGUCUCAUUUUGCAACUAUGAAAGCUGAGACAGGGCAACAUUAAGUAACUUACAUAACUCAUAUGGUAAUUUAUGCAGUUGGGAGAUGGUCAGCCUCAGUCCCUGGCUAAUUGCCCAUUCUUUUCCAGCCUGAUUUUUCCCCCAUGGGAAGAACCCCCAUGUAGCCCUGAGGUCCCCUUCCCAAGGCAGCUCCAGGAUAGAGAUCACUGUGGGUGGUUGUGGAAUUGACACCCCUAUUGACUCCUUCCCAGCUGAUUGUCAGAGCUUUAGGCCCAGCACUCCUUGGAAUGGCUCUGCAGAGUGUCUUUGUUGAGAGAAUAACAUCAUAGUUCCCACAUGGCCUGUGACUUGGAAAGAGACUAGAGGCCACACUCAAUGGGGCACAGAUGUGUGCCCACCCAACAAAUGUGAUAAGUGAUCAUGCAGCCAGAGCAAGGCUUCCUACAGUCAAGAUUUCUAGGCAGAGCAAAUACCCUAAAUAUCCUCUGUGAUAAAGGUAAUUUGGAUGAAGGAAGCUAGAAGAAUUACAGGGAUGAUUUUAAUCCCACUAUGGACUCAGUCUCCUGGAAAAGGAUCUGUUCACUCCUGAUCAUUGGUGGAUGUUAAACCCAUAUUUCUUUCAACUGAUGCCUACUAGGGAAAACUGCUCCUCAUUAUUAUCACUAUCACUGCUCACCACUCUAUCCCCUCUACUUGGCAAGUGCUUGUUAAGCUCUAGUUGUUCAAUAAAUGUGUUAAUAAUGCUGA